CAUGAGGCUAUGAAUCCUGUGGACAUCGUCUUGUCACUUAUCUGAGCUCCUCCAGAAAUCAUCAAUUUCUAGUACUAACAUUGCGUACGGCAUGGUACGGUAAGUCCUGAGUAUUUCAAUAAGUUACUUGGCAGAGUCUUCACAACACCACGCGGUUUGAAUCGUCGCAUUUUACCAUUAAAUAGGCUUAUCGGCGCGAGUUCCUGUUUACCGUGCCAACCUUGUUCUUCAAUGUGAAACGAAACGUCUUUGAGCAUUGAGAUCUUGAUGAAUUGCUUUCGCGUUCUAUUGAGUCUUUGUCCGCCUAUCAUGAGGCAAUGGCGUACCGUCUCAGAAGCCCCAGUCACAUUGGCAUAUUUCUCUUGAUUGUUCUUAUUUGCAUUUACCUAUAUGAUAAGCAGUCUAAGAAUUUACGAUCUUCAAUCUUUCAGUUGUCACCCAAUGAUCAGAAGCCUUCUGCAGAUAUCCUCCAGUCACUUUCACUGACAGAGGACCAAUGCCGGGCAGCUUUUCCAGGCUUGACGAAAGAGAUUGAUGAUGCAGUGGAUCGAGGUCCAUUUCCUCUGAAGAGACAGCCGGAUCACCGUACCGGGCUUGUGCAAGGAAGAAUAAAGGAUGGAAAGGUGUUCAUCAUUUCUGCGGACCCAAACCCGUCCAGGAAUAUGCUCCAGGUCCGUCACCUCUUCUUCCAGGAACGAACUUCAGUCUUGCACCAGAUUCACCGUGCUGUUACCACUUCUCCGACGCCUCUUCCGAACACUAUUUUCGCAUUCAAUAUACUCGAUACUCCAAUGAAUAACUCAUGGGCAUUCUCAAGAUCGAACGACCCUAGAAUUGAAAAAGGAAAUUAUUGGGUUAUGCCGCAUUUUAGUUUUUGGUCGUGGCCGGUUUCCUUUAUUGGAAGCGUCGAUCAAGCGUUGUCCAAAAUUGAUCGUAUCGAGAUGGAUAAACCUUGGAACGAGAAAAUUGACAAAGCGGUAUGGAGAGGAACGGGGUGGUUCAAUACUGUCGGUAACGAGGACUCGCGGCCAAGCUUGAUUCUGAAGGGUAAAGAUAAAGAAUGGGCAGAUAUAGAAGCUCUCAAUUGGACCACAAACGGCGACAGUGCCGAAAAUGCCAUCGGGAUAGAGGAUUUUUGCAAGUAUAAGUAUAUUGUUUAUACGGAGGGCAUAACCUACUCUGGGCGUCUACUUUUCCAUCAGGCGUGCGCUUCCGUUAUUCUCACACCACCGCCGACUUAUUUACUUCACCAAACUCACUUUAUGCGUCCCAUAUUCUCAAAAUCAUUCCUCCCGGCACGUGAAGUAUCAGCCAAAUUUGAAUAUGACUGGACAACUCGUUGGCCCAACACCUAUGGGCUAAGUGAAGCGAACAUCAUAUUCGUUGAACCCGACUGGUCAGACCUCGAGGAAACGAUCAUGUACUUGAGGAACCAUCCUGGGAUAGCAACUGGUAUUGCUGAAAGACAAAGGGAACUAUUCACAAGAUACUUGUCCCCAGCCUCUGAGGCUUGUUACUGGAGAGCUCUCAUACGUGGUUGGAGUAAGGUUGCUGAACCUGAUUAUGAAGAUGGCGGCUGGGCUAGAUUGGAUGCAGAAGGUGUUGAAGAUGGCGAAGGAAUGAGGUGGGAAACAUUCAGUUUACUUGGGAAAGUACCCCAGAACUGAAGCUCCUCGCGGAAAAUGGUAAUCUAUGUUUCGGGGUCAGGCAUAUCUUAUUUUAUGUAGACACGAUUCUAUCAUUUCACGAUUCAAGCUACCUUUCAUCACUUCGGUUCCCAUAGCGUCUCAAAAACAAAAACUUUGCAUCUCUGCUUAAUUACUAUGCUCGUGGUCUCAUCUUCUGAUUUUGUCCCUCAUUUAUUGUGAUUAUGAUCACCCAGCUUUUUUGGAAUUGCAGAUCGCGAACGAGUCUUAUAGAUUUCCUUUUUGAAACUCGAACACUCCGAUCAUGAAAGAAGCGGUGACUACAAUGAGGGAACCAGUUUACCUUUCAUGAGUGUACGAGUCUUGAUCUCAGAGCAGGGCACGCACCAAGUAACACUUACGCUAUUGAAUGCAAUUGCAUGUGCUAAAUAUUGACAGCGGAGUCAAUGAAGAUGCAGUCACUAAAACUAUUGGCACCCGGAUGUUCAGAAUGCUGACGGGCACAUACAAUUCAUAGAAUCACAAUGUUGACAAUUCAAUUAUGCGAGCAGUCUUUGCAUUCGUAUUCACUGCUUUUUUUCUGCAGCUGGGAAUUGCUCACAGCAAAGAUGCAACCCAGCAUACCUAUCCACGUCUAGUUGUCCCAAAUUUCCUGGUCAACCGCGCCAUAGAAUAACACUCAUAUUGUCUCGAGGCUACAAACGAAAUAAUGACAUAACACAGCUUCUACCAAGACGGGUGUCCGAUCACUAUGGAUAGCUUGAACGCCAGCACUUGUGUACAUUAUUUCUCAGCCACGUCUGACCGCUUUUCAAAUGCUUUGGCGCCAUUGGUUUACGUCUUUGUCGUUGCUUGCAGUGUACUUUUUGCUUUCUGUUUGAGCGAGCAUCCACUACUAUUUAAUAACGAGCAGGCAUAAGCAAGUAUGACGAUUGUGGUUGGUU